AUGGCGAUAUCCUUGCGGAUCACCAAGGAGACGCAGAAGCUCGAAACAGACCCAGUGCCCAGCAUUGAUUGUAAAGAGCACGCCGUCGCAGGCCGGUGGCCCCACAUGGGGAUCCGGGUGGAUUUCCACAUCGUGCUGGAAGGUCCCGAUGGCACGCCCUAUGCUCGUGGACACUACAGCAUGGAGCUCUUCCUCCCCGAGGGCUACCCGAUGGAGCCUCCCAAGGUGCGCUUCCUGACGAAGAUCUACCAUCCGAACAUCGACAAGCUCGGGCGCAUCUGCCUGGACGUGCUGAAGGACAAGUGGAGCCCGGCUCUGCAGAUCAGGACCGUCCUGCUCAGCAUCCAGGCCCUGCUCUCCGCCCCGGAGCCGAGCGACCCUCUCGACACGGGCGUCGCUGACCACUUCAUCAGGGACCGCAAGGGGGCCGAGGAACAGGCGGCACAGUGGAACGGCACGUAUGCCAAGAAGGAGAAGGACUGA